AUGACCGACUUUGGUCCUCGUGCCCCUCAUGGGCCCGACAUGUCGGGAGACCAUAACCCACUGGAGGAUAUGGACAUCAAUGAGAAGGGUGCUUUCGACUCCCUCAUUCGCCCCGACGACAGUUACACCCCCGAGGGCACCUACUGGGCGGAUCUCCCUCUGUGGAAGAAGAUCACAUUCGUCACCGCCUCCAACAAUGAGGAGGCAAAGAAAGAGUUGGGCGAUAUCUGGACUAUGAUGAAGAAGGACCCCCUCUCGCCCAUCUCCUACUACUUCCGCAACAUGGUCCUCCCCGGUGCUGGUCUCGGUCUGGAGGGUUACGUGCUCUUCUCCAUCGGCAACAUCAAGCCUCUUUUCCAAAAGACCUUCCCUGAUUGCUGGGAACACCACAAAAUCUGUAGCCAGCAGUGGAUCUACGCCAUUGAUUACCUCGAAAUCAUUGGUAUUAUUGUCGGUCAGAUCCUGGUUGGAAUCUUGGGUGACUGGCUUGGCCGUCGCUGGGGUUUGAUUCAGGACGCCGUCAUCAUGCUUCUCGGUCUGGUCAUGUUGACUGCCGCCUGGGGUGUGACUCAGAAUGGCUGGGUUAUUUGCUAUGCUUGGUGCCUCUUCAUCUACGGCAUCGGAGUUGGUGGCGAGUACCCUAUGACUGCCACCAGCGGUAUGGAAAACGCCGUCGGCUCUGGAAAGGUCUCCACCAAAGAUGAUCGCUUGCACCGUGGCCGCAAGGUCACCAGUGCCUUCCUGAUGCAGGGCUGGGGUCAGUUCUUCAAUCAGGUUCUGCUCAUCAUUCUCCUGCUCUGUUUCCACCACGGUAGCGGCAACAACCCUUACUCCGCCGUCGCUGUCCAGUGGACCUACCGAGUUUCCUUCGCCAUUCCCGCCGUCGGUACUUUGUGGCUUGUGUACUACCGUGCCUAUCACAUGAAGGCUGCUAGCAAGCAACUUACCGCUGCCAAGAAGAAGUCUUCCGUCACUGGUUAUGAUGCCAAGUCUCUGAAGCUGACCUUCAAGUACUUCGGAUUCCGCAUCUUCGCGACUGCCGGUGGCUGGUUCGCCAACGAUGUGUUCUUCUACGGCAACAAGCUCUUCCAGAGCGAGUUCAUCAAGGUGAUUAGUCCCGCAUCCGAGUCUGUCAUGCCUACCUGGCUGUGGAACUUGGUCAAUGUCGGUGUCUCCCUGUGCGGAUACUAUUUGGCCUCUUUCCUGAUCGACAACAAGCUGUACGGUCGCAAAUGGAUGCAGAUUGUCGGUUUCAUGCUCUGCUUCAUUCUGUUCAUCGUCCCUGCUUUCAACUUCGAUUACUACCGCCGCCCCGAAAACAUCAAGUCCUUCCAAACCAUGUACUUCCUCAGCUCUUUCUUCAACCAGUUCGGUCCCAACUCGGUCUCCUUCUUGGUCGCUGCCGAAGUAUUCCCGACCCCCAUUCGUGCCUCCGCUCACGGUAUGUCCGCUGCCUGGGGUAAAGCCGGUGCGCUUCUCGCUGCCGUCCUGUACAACUACAUCGAUACCCAGACCAAGUUCUACGUCGUGCCUUGGUUUGGUCUGGCUGGUGCUGUGAUUACCGCGUUCUUCCUUCCGGACACCACUGGUUUGGACCUGAAGGAGCAGGAGCGCCGAUGGCAAUGCCUCCGCGCGGGUCGCGAGGAAGACUAUCACGGCCCUGCCGUGCACCCCAAGCACCUCUCAUGGUAUGAACGAUACAUCCUGCGCAAGCAUCGCUUCUACGAUGCCAAACUCGACUACCAGCAGAAGGUCGAGGAGUACCGCAUUGAGUGGGAGAGUGCAAUGGCCGCCAAGUCCGCUGAAAAGGACGCUGCUGAUGCCAUGGAUACCGACGACUCGCUUCUCGAGGGCCACGUUCACACCUAUUUCCACCGGACCAGUCCUAUGUUCAAGGGAAUGGAGAAGAAUGUGUCUGCCAAACAGGACAAUUUCACCCUGCCUCCACCUGCGGAGAGCGAGGCCGAAGAUUCUUUCUCCAAUGAGAAGCAAUAA